AUGGAAGCUUCAGUAUCACCAUCAGCUGGCACUGGGCUGCCUGGUCUUGGUCUAUCGAUGACACCUUUCUCUAUGCCUGAAUCUUCAGUGUCGAUGAAGUCAACUGUAUCUGCAAAUGAAACAGGAAUUGAGGAAAGAAUUCAAGAAGAGGAAGAAGAAAUGAAACGACUGGGAGAAAAGGGAGAAACGACAUAUAUGGAAGCUUCAGUAUCACCAUCAGCUGGCACUGGGCUGCCUGGUCUUGGUCUAUCGAUGACACCCUUCUCUAUACCUGAAUCUUCAGUGUCGAUGAAGUCAACUGUAUCUGCAAAUGAAACAGGCAUUGAAGGAAGAUUCAAGAAGAAGAAGAAGAGGAAUACAAAAAUUGGGCGAAAAGGAGAAACGACAUAUAUGGAAGCUUCAGUAUCACCAUCAGCUGGCACUGGGCUGCCUGGUCUUGGUCUAUCGAUGACACCCUUCUCUAUACCUGAAUCUUCAGUGUCGAUGAAGUCAACUGUAUCUGCAAAUGAAACAGGCGUUGAAGGAAGGAUUCAAGAAGAGGAAGAAGAGUAA